AAUUUGACAGUUGUUUAACAAUGCCCGCUUGUGGCGGUUGUAUGUAAAUUGCAUUGUAUCACAUUUUAUGAUUUUUAUUUAUUUUGUAACGACUAUAAAUAUUCAAUCGUGCGAAACUAUUUUUAUACGAUUUCUUUUUUAUUUUGCACUGGUGUGAUUUCUAGUGUAGUGAAAUAUAAGUUGAGAUCGGUUCGUUGAGGUGAUGUCGACGAUAGGUUUACCCCGAAUGGAUCGAUAUCGGUGACUCGGAGUUCGCUUUUUAUUUGCGUCACCGAAGGGUGGUCGAAGAUGGAGAAGUCGGCACGACCACGGACGGCUCUGAACGAGUGUGUCAAGGUGGUGGUGCGAUGCAGGCCGCUCUCGAGCAGGGAGAAAAACGAGGGCUUCGACGAGGGGAAGAAGCGAGAGAAGUCGCGGCCGGAGCAGAAGUGGUACGAGCGACUGUCGGCCAAGUCGUCGGACAGUAAGAGUGGGGACGCCCCCCUACAGGUGGUGAAGGUGUGGGCGGAGCGCGGCGCGGUGCAGGUGCACAACCCCAAGGGGCAGGACAAGCUGUUCACGUACGACGCCGCCUACGACUGCACGGCCGACACGCAGACCAUCUACGAUGAGAUGGUGCGGCCGCUGGUGGCGUCGGUGCUGGACGGCUUCAACGGCUGCGUGUUCGCGUACGGGCAGACGGGCACGGGCAAGACGCACACCAUGCAGGGCACGCCGGAGCACGAGGGCGUCGUGCCGCGCGCCUUCCGCCACAUCUGGGCGCACAUCGAGAACACGGCCUCGCCCGACGUCACGCACCUCGUGUCGUGCUCCUACGUGGAGCUGUACCUGGAGGAGGUGCGCGACCUGCUCUCCAAGGACUCCAAGAAGCUCACCAUCAGGGGGCAGGAGUUGAACGGCUUCUACAUCCCCGAGAUGACGUCGGUGGUGUGCAAGUCUGCGGCGGAGAUGGUGCGGGCCAUGCGCGCCGGCAACCGCAACCGCGCGGCCGGCCGCACCGACAUGAACGAGCACUCGUCGCGCAGCCACGCCGUGUUCCUCGUCACCGUGGAGACGGCGCACCGCGACACCAACCGCAUCCGCGUGGGCAAGCUGAACCUGGUGGACCUGGCGGGCAGCGAGCGGCAGCGCAAGACGGGCGCAGGCGGCGAGCGCCUGCGCGAGGCGGCGCGCAUCAACCAGGCGCUCUCCUCGCUCGGCAACGUCAUCUCCGCGCUCGCCGAGAACAGCCCGCACGUGCCCUACAGAGACUCGAAGCUGACGCGCAUCCUGCAGGACUCGCUGGGCGGCAACAGCAAGACCAUCAUGAUCGCCAACAUCGGGCCCGCCUGCUACAACUACGACGAGACCAUCACCACGCUGCGGUACGCGCACCGCGCCAAGGCGAUCAAGAACAAGCCGGUGCGCAACGAGGAUCCCAAGGACGCCAAGCUGCGCGAGUACCAGGCGGAGAUCGAGCGCCUGCGCACGCUCAUCGAGGCGCGCCGCGCGCACGAGCGCCGCAAGCGAGCGCCGCGCGCGCGCCCGCAGCCGCACGAGCCCGAGGAAGAAACCGAGAGCUUAGAAAGCGAACACAUACUCGCCGAAUCCACGAUAGAACAAGAGAAAACCAAGACUGAAGUACUGGAGCAUCAAAUCAAAUCUCUGGAGGAGAGGCUGGUGCAGGGCGGCGGGGGGAAAGACCUCAUCAACGACCUGAACGAGAGCCAGAUCAUCCUGGAGCAGAGGAACAUGGAGAUCGCGGAGAGGAAGAAGCGGGAGGUGGAGAUGCAGCAGAAGAUCGACCUGGAGGAGGAGACCACCACCAUCGUCACCAACACGUUCGCGACGCUGCAGCAGGAGGUGGACCACAAGACGGCCAGGCUCAAGAAGUGCCUGUCGAAGUACGCGUGCCUGCGCGAGGAGGCGGUGGAGCAGCGCGAGGCGCACGACGCGGAGCGGCGCGAGCACGAGGCGCUGCAGGCGGCGCUCAUCGGCGAGCUGCGGCGCCGCCUGCUGCUGGCCGACAGCUUCGUGCCCGAGGCGGGCCGCGCCACCGUGCUGCGCCUGCGCUACAACGACGACUGCGACGCGUGGGAGCUGCCCGAGCACGCCGCCGAGCCGCUGCGCGCGCGCCCGCUGGCGCACCCCGCCGCGCGCCGCCCCGCCGCCGCCUGCGCGCUGCCCGCCGCCGCCGCGCCGCGCCGCCGCGCGCACGCGCUGCUGGACCUGCGCCCGCUGCCGCUGCCGCCCACCGCGCGCCGCCACGUGCCGCCCGCGCCGCCGCCGCCCGCGCGCGCCAAGGCGGUGGAGCCGGCGCCAGUGGCGGUGAAGAAGGAGCUCCCCGCCGAGCGCCGCGUGAGCGCGCGCCCCCGCGCCCCCUCCGCGCACCACCGCCUCGGCACCGCCGGCGUGCGGUAGGCCUGCGCCCCCACUCACUCACUCACUGAGCCGUGCCAGGAGUCGCUCACGUGCAGUCAGUGGAGAGCUCACGCCGAGUGCACACCGAAGGGCGCAUUCGCUGACGCGUGAGAGCAGUCGAAACAAUUUAACCGCGAAAAUUGAGAAACACAUUGUAUCUGUUCGAUUGGAUCAUAUUAAAUUCGAACAAAUAACAAAUGAAAUACCAACUCAACGUUUUGCAUCUGCAAAAAUUAUAAUGAUACAAUAAUGUCGCCAUCAUUCCGAUCUUGCAGUUCAUAUAAGUAUGACCCUCGGCAUGACAUUGACAACAACAUAUUCCAAGUAUAACGUUAAAGUAAAAUCGACCGCGUGUCUUGAGUUUUAAAGUCGGUACUUUAUGUACUACUGUUUUUUCAUUUUACCAGCGCUCCCUAUGAGAGUGUGAACAAACCUAAAAGCUUGAAGGUUGAUUUUACUCUUAAUUUUAAUGAUUCGUUAAUUGGCUACAGACUACAGUAACAGUAUCCGGUCAAUUUCUAUAGCUUCUUCGGAACAUUCAAUCAAAAAGUUUUAAACAUUCUAUAAAUAAACUUAAUGUAGAUAAUUUUACUUGAGAGGCGUCUGUUUGCGUCCCAAAACGACUGUCAUGUGAGAAGGGGCGGCGCACACGGCGCGAGUCGUCGCUUCAGUACAUUUUGUAUGAACAAUCUAGAGUUACUAUGAAGUACCGUCCCCGUGUGCGCUUACCUCACUGCACCUUAAUAGUACCUAAUAAAUAUAACUAUACUAUAUAAUAACUAAUACAAUCGUUGUCCAUAGAAGAAAUAAUGUUAUAAAGUUGUGAAUUACCAGCGAAGUGACGCUUUGUUACUGCAUAGCCCAAUAUCAGUUAACAAGUCUUAGGGUCAUAGCACAUAUUGACUGGGAAAUGUUAGGGAGGGGUGAGAGGGGUGAAUCCGCUCGAAGAGACGAGCCAUAAGCUUAUCCCGAGGCGAGGCGAUUACGUUACGAUUGCCAUUAUAGCUUAUCAAGUUGAUGACACUCCCAUGAUAUGCGGGCGACGGGGAGAGGAUUGCGCUGGUGUGAAGUCGUGCGCGCGGGGCAUCGCUACCCCCUCCCGGCCCGCGCGGACCAUCGGGAGUGUUACGAACGAAUUUGCCAAGCUAUAGUGUGCGUUAAGUAAGGAGUUUCAAACAAAGAAUACUGGAUGGGUGGAUCUGAUCCCUUUCCGAACUUAUGUGUGCUGUGACUUUUAUUUUGCAGCGUACAUUAAAGCGUUGUCCAAAGCACGGAUGUAUGGACAGUUACCUUUACGUGCGCUGUAAAUGACCUGUCUGGUGUAUUGUCAGACAUGUCAAGUUACAAUUUCAUUUGGCAAGUUGCAUAUUAGCGACUAAAUGCAAGUUGUAGUGCUAAACUGUGUCUGAAGACCGACAGUCUUCGUGUUCAUUUACUACCGCCGAGAGUCGUCUGCAGUCGGCGACGCCGUCGCCUGCCGCCGAGACGUCGCCGACUGCAGUCGCCGGUAGCAGCUGCCGCUCGUGUAAAUGAACCUUUAGUUUUCGGCGCAUUGAAUGUGUAUUAUGAUAUUUUUAUACGCCUGGAGGUAUUCUAUAAGUGCGAUCGCUUGAUUCGCUUCCGCACGCUGCGCCGGCCCUUGAUGUUUGUGACGUCAGGUUGAUUGUAUCAAUAUGACGUCACAAUGUAAUGUUUUAUACAAAUUCGUGUUCAGGCAGACACGAAAUUCCCGGCUCAGCAUUGCUGCGCUGUAUAUAGACGAUGUUAUAUUUAUUGUACACGAAUGUGUAAAUAGUACCUCUAUAAUAAUAUGUUUCUCGGUCGAAAUAUCGUCGACAGCUACAUACGACUAAUGUUAUAGUAAUUAUGAAGAAUAAUGCGAAAACUUUUAUACUUAUAUAAAAAAGAAAUCUGGUAUUCCGCAUUUGUUUGGAGAAACCAUAAAGAAAGAUACGCAUAUUGUCGUGGUGCGACGUGCGCUGGCGACAGGCGCAUGAUCUCAGUAUUAAAAUUAAUUAAAUAAAUAAAAAAAAAUUAAUGCGCAGAUGUGAAAACGUAUGAACAGGUCGCGCGACGAUUUAUGAGCGCUCGCCCUAUGUGCGUAGAAAGUAAUUUUGCUUUGCUUAAUAACUUAGAUUCAAAUAUAUUUGUUACAAGUUUCAAAAGCUCUUAACUAAACUAAACUAGUUUGCAAGGGUUUUUGAUAAGUCUGCCUUUAAUGCCUCUAGUACAGAUUUGGAAGGCAGAUCCUACUGGAAAAAGUCGGCUAUAAAAUCAGUAAUUUGCUUUUCCGAAUCAUCACCAUCAAGACUUAGAUUAGUACUUCUUUUUCCUAUGUGAAGAUGGAAGCCACUCUAAUUCCCUCCAAGCAUCUUUUUAUUGAGAAAUUCAUCAAUCGUAUAGUAUGGAUGUGAUAAAUAUGGAUUAUUUUUAUACUUGUGCGUUCAUAAAUCGUCUCACGAACCUUUGUUACGAGUAUGUUACGCACGGUAAAGUUUAGUAGCAGUAUUCGUUUUUAAUUAUAAUUUUACAAUCGACAGUUACACAUGUACGAAUCGGUACUCAAAUGUGUGAAUC